AUGAAGUCAGUAAUUUCAGAAAUGCAGUUAGCAUUUAUUCCGGGGAGGCAAAUUCUGGAUGGUAUAUUAAUCACCAAUGAAAUAGUGGAUGAAGCGAAGCAGAAGAAAAAAAAAGUGAUUUUGUUUAGGGCGAAUUUCGAAAAAGCAUAUGAUUCAGUGGAUUUUAGAAUGUUUGAAGUCGUCAAAAGUGUCGAUAUUGGUAACGUGAGUCCCACUAAAGAAUUUAGUGUGGAUAGAGGCUUGAAGAAAGGAGAUCCACAUUCUCCUUUGUUGUUUCUGUUAGUGGCAGAAGGCUUCAACCUUCUUAUGAAAAGAGCACCGGAGUUAGGAAGCUAUACUGGAUACAAAAUUGAUAGUGACAAGGAAAUAUACACACUAUAA